UAGAUUGGUCAGAGGCUGCUCCGAGGGACCGAGGGACCAGGAGGAGAAACCGGCAGGGCUUAGGGGCCGUGGGGCAGGAGUUUGGUGCGGGCUCCCUGGCCUCUGCACCAUGAUAGCUCCAAUCAGACCGUGCAGGACCAGCUGCUAGUGGGGGAGGGGGAGGGACAGAGCUGUCUGAGCCGGGGGCAGCGACAGAGUGGGAGAGGACCAAGACCCACAGCCCUCCCAGUCCUCAAGGCAGGGGGCACUGGCUGCACCCAGGCCUUGACCUCAGCUGACCCUGAGAGCCCACAUGGGGCACAGGGUCUAAUUUUAGCUCUGGCCGCAGGGCCCACAGUCCAGGAGUGCCUGCCAGUGGACACACAGGCGGCCAGGGCUGUUCAGGGGCUGCUUAGGCAGGAGGAGGACUGGGGAGACCAUCCCCGCUUCUGUCCAGCCCUGCACUCUGGCCAAGCUGCCUCCUGUGGGAGCCCUGACGGGUCCCCCAUGGCCUGGCAGACAGCCCUCCUCUCCCUUGAGGCGGAGGUCACGGGGUGCAGCCAGGAGGGCAGAAGGACACGGCCUUGCAGUCCAGACAGGGGUUGCAACAGCCUGAGCAAUACCCAGGAGCACAGGGCGCUGCUGGGAGAGCAAAGGCUGGCUUGGUUGUCCAAAGGCCGGGGAAGCAGAGUCCUGACAGUAGGAAGGCAAAGCUAGAGGGCUGGGUCCUACUUGGCCUCCUUGUGCCUGGCCGGUGACUCGCUGUUGACCCUACGCAGACAGCCUGCCCUCGGUGAGCCUCAGUCUUCCCAGCUGUACAAUGAGGGCGCUGAACUAGAAGGUUAUUCAGGUUCCAGCCGCCCACCCUCAGGCCCCUGAGCCUCCUGCUUCCCCCAGCCCUGGCUGCGGGUGGCCACAUGCAGUCAUGGAGAAGAAAGGCCCUCUUGCUGGCACUGUCGGCCUCUUGGCUCCUCGUCCUCCUGGGAGCCUUCCCCCUUCUCCGCCUGGCAGUGCCCACCAGACCUCGGGCAGGUGCCUCCCAAGGCUGGCCACGCUGGCUGGAUGCAGAGCUCCUGCAGAGUUUCUCCCAGCCUGGGGAGCUCCUAGAAGAUGCCCCUGAACCUCCUCAAGGCCCCCGUGGCGGCAGCUGUGACUGGGGAGCUUGCUUUGACGCCUCGAAGUGCAGGGGUGGUGGCCUCAAGGUAUUUGUGUACUCGGCAGCUGGACCGGUCUCUGAGACUCAUCGCAGGAUCCUGGCUUCCAUUGAGGGGUCCCGCUACCACACAUCCAACGCUGCCGAGGCCUGCCUCCUCCUCCUCCCCCUCACCCGGGACUCCUCAGCUGGAGAGUGCAGCCCGGUGCCCCCGCAAUGGAAUGGGGGCAGGAACCAUCUGGUCCUCAGUCUCCACCCAGCCCCCUGCCCCCGGACCUUCCAGCUGGGACAGGCAAUGGUGGCCGAGGCCAGCCCAACAGUGGACACCUUUCGGCAUGGCUUUGACGUGGCCCUCCCGCUUCUUCCCGAAGCCCACGCAUUACGAGGUGGGGCACCUGGCCAGCUGCGGCAGCACAGCCCCCACCCCAGGGUGGCCCUGCUAGCCCUGGCAGAGGAGAGGGGCGGGUGGCACACGGCAGGCACCAACUUCUCUGCCUGCCCCUGGGAUGGGCGCUGUGAGCAGGACCACGGACCCGAGCAGACCCACCCUGGGGCAACGCUACCCAAUGCCACCUUCUGCCUCAUCCCUGGCCACCGUCCUGAUGCCUCGCACUUCCUCCAAGCCCUGCAGGCUGGCUGCAUCCCUGUGCUUCUCAGCCCUCGCUGGGAGCUGCCCUUCUCCGAGGUCAUCGAUUGGACCAAAGCGGCCAUUGUCACUGACAAGAGGCUCCCACUUCAGGUCCUAGCUGCCCUCCAGCAGAUGCCUCUCACGCGGGUCCUCGCCCUGCGUCAGCAGACCCAGUUUCUAUGGGAUGCCUACUUCUCCUCAGUGGAGAAGGUCAUCCAUACCACUCUGGAGAUUAUUCAGGACCGGAUCUUUGGAGCAUCUGCUCACCCCUCGCUACUGUGGAACAGCCCCCCAGGGGCACUCCUGGCCCUGUCCACUUUUUCCACAAGCCCCUCGGAUUUCCCCUUCUACCAUGUACAACAGGGCUCUCGCCCUGUGGGCAGGUUCAGCGCCCUGAUCUGGGUGGGGGCCCCAGGCAAGCCCCCCCUGAAGCUCAUCCAGGCGGUGGCAGGCUCCCAGCACUGUGCCCAGAUCUUGGUUCUCUGGAGCAGCGAGAAGCCACCACCACCCAGGUGGCCAGAGACAGCAGUGCCCUUGACAGUCAGUGAGGGGCACAGGAAGGUCAGCGACCGCUUCUUCCCGUACAAUGCCAUCAGCACCGAUGCCAUCCUCAGCCUCGAUGCCCACAGCAGUCUCUCCACAAGUGAGGUGGACUUUGCUUUUGUGGUGUGGCAGAGCUUCCCAGAGCGGAUGGUGGGCUUUCUGACGUGGAACCACUUCUGGGAUGAGGCCUUGGGCGGCUGGGGCUACACUGCUGAGAGGGCCAAUGAAUUCUCCAUGGUUCUCACCUCGGCUGCCUUCUACCAUAGGUACUACCACACCCUUUUCACCCACUCCCUGCCAGAGGCUCUGAGGGCCCUGGCAGAUGAAGCACCCACCUGUGUGGACGUCCUGAUGAACUUCCUAGUAGCGGCAGUCACCAAGCUGCCCCCUAUCAAGGUCCCCUAUAGGAAGCAGCACCAGGAGGCCAGACCUCCACUGGCGCCUGAGGGCCGGGGGCCCAGGCCGGAGCCGCAGCCCCCAGUCCGCAACUGCAUCAAUCAGAUGGCGGCAGGGUUCGGCCACAUGCCCCUGGUGUCCUCCCGCCUCCGUCUGGACCCAGUGCUCUUCAAGGACUCGGUGUCCGUACUACGCAAGAAGUAUCGCAGCCUGGAGAAGCCCUAGGAGGGAGCAGCGGAGACCCCAGCCCUACUCCCGGGGGCGCCCCAUCUGCCUGGGGGGAGCGGAGAGGGGAGGCUCAGCAUCCUCCCUUAGGACUGGCCAAUCAAGGCGGCCAGUCAGCCAAUGCGGCAGAUCCCGAUUGGCUAACCACAGCCCUAGCGCCCCCGAGGGCGGGCCCUCGCCCCACCCUCCGGUCCCACAGCUGGCUGCAGUUCCCCUGUGCGCGGCGCCCGCUCUGCGGCUGUGCGGUGCCGGCGCUGACCCCUUGCCCGCAAUGCCUUUCUCGACUUCUCUGCCGAGCUGACUUCUACUUGUCUUUCAGAUCUUCGCCUCCUCCAGGAACUUGCCUGACCCCCAUCCCCGCCCCGGUUGGGUUUGGUCUCCUCCUCUGCGCUUUCACAGCCCGGUGUUUCCCGCAGUCCUGACACUGUUCAUGCUGCCUUGCAAGGUACACCGCCAGGCCCCAGGACUGGCCUGGGAGCCCGGGGAGGGCAGGGUCGUGUCCUCUUAUCUCUGGCCUGGCAGGUGCGCCACAAAUAAUUUGACGAACAGAUAGAAGAGACAUCGACGGCGUGGUUGGCUCUGGGCCGAUGGUGGCGAGAGUGUGGACAGGGUGUGUAGAGUGAGAGGCGAGACUCCGUCCCCCACCCCCUGGGGUUCCUAGUCCGGCGGGAAGGCAGCUACCCUCAGACGCCUGGGUUGCCAAGCGCAAUCUUUGCGCCCCAGAGAUGGAGUAAAGAGAUACCGAGAAGCCAGUUUGGGGGCUUCCUUCCCCACCGGGCGGAACAGGAUACCGAGGUGAAAAAGGGGAUGGGAAUACAGGUGGUCAGCCCCUGCCCGGUCUGGGACCCUUGGCUCAGGCUGGGCCGUCGCCUGCAUUACCGGCCUGGGCCACUAGAGGUCAGCGUCGCACCGCGCUGUCUCCUCCCGGAAAGGGGCUGAAGUUCUCAACACCCUUCGGGUCGGAGAGCGGCCCGGGACGUGGAGGGUGGGCGGUGUGCAGCCCGAGGUCUGAAAACUGCGGGGAGGGAUAUGAAAGAAUAGCCCCAUGCCUUUGGUCCACAGACUUAGGCCUAAGAAAGGGCCAUUUCUAGGUGGCCUGGGUGGGAGCAGGGGCUGUCCCCAGCGCCCUGGCGGUGAGAGUGAAGUGGGGGAGGGGACACUGGGUUCCCCGGGUUCAUCCGCCUGGAACUGAAAUUAUCGCUUCCGAAAUAAAACGCGUGUCCUUGCCCCCUCA